AAGAAAAGCUGUUCAUUCAUUGUUGCUGGCUAUAUUCACUGUUCCUCUGAUAAAUAACCGAGCCUUUUGGCUAUUUUUGUUUUAACCGGCUCUUUGUUUUCAAGGAUAGAUAUUUGUUAUCACAUUCAAGAAGUUUAAUGUUGAAAUGCUUAGCACAGUAACUUGAGUUACCUUGUAGCUAACUGGCGAUACAUAAAUUAGCUAGCUGCGAGCUAGCUAGCCAGCCAGCCAGCCAGCCUUGUGUUGAUUGCGUGAGGCCUACUGGAUCCUUGGUCUUUACUGUGGAGGCUCUACGGAAGACUCCCACACGAACAUUUACAAGGUUUUUCCGCAGCUGCAUUUUCUUCUUCGGGGCUUCUCAGAUUCCAAAACAAUAAAGUACCUGAGAAAAGAUGGAGGCUCCUCCUGUCACUGUGAUGCCUGUCACCGGGGGCACAAUCAACAUGAUGGAAUACCUGCUGCAAGGCAGUGUGUUAGACCAGGCCCUGGAAAGCCUCUUACAUCGCCUCCGAGGUCUGUGUGACAACAUGGAACCUGAGACCUUUACAGAUCAUGAACUGGUUUAUCUUCUGAAAGGCCAACAAGGCAACCCUUUCAUUCUGCGCGCCCGGCGCUCCCUCUCCCACCCCACAGCUCCAUGGCAUCUACGCUAUCUGGGCCAACCUGAAGUGGGAGACAAGAGCCGCCAUGCCCUGGUACGCAAUUGUGUUGAUGUGGCUGCGUCUCACAGCCUGCCAGAGUUCCUAAAUGAGAUGGGCUUUCGCAUGGACCAUGAGUUUGUGGCGAACGGACACAUAUUCCGAAAAGGCGCAAUGAAAGUUGUUGUUAGCAAGCUGUCACGUAUCCUAGUACCAGGGAACACAGAGAACACUGAGCGUCUAUCACUUUCAUACUUGGUGGAGCUGAGUGUUUUGGCUCCUGCAGGUCAGGACACUGUGUCAGAGGACAUGCGCAGCUUUGCUGAGCAACUCAAACCCCUGGUUCACCUGGAGAAGAUUGACCCGAGCAAACAGAGACAUUAAGUGACAUAAUUAAGCAGGUUGACUCUUGUAAAUGAAAUACAGUGCAACUUUGACUGAACAGUUACACUUUUGGUCAGUUUUUUAUAUGAGCUGGAAAAUGUGUCUGCUAUCAUUGCAAAAUUUCACCUCUUUCCAUCAGUUUCCACUGAAGAAUGUUCAUGGAAAUUUUGACAUGGCGAUCUUAUCAUCCUGACAAGUUUGCCAACAGUAGUUAAAACCAGUUUAUUAAGGUGUUUACGUUUGUAGUAUCUUUAUUGAUUCCACAUAAGGGAAAUUCAAAUAGAACAGCAGAUUGUCUUGAUUUUUAACUGUAUGAUUAUAUUUCUCGUUGUUACAUUGAUUAAUUUUCCUUCUCCAAGGUGUGGAGAAGGUGUGAGAGGACAGUUACAACUCAUAAUCUUCUGGGAAAAUUAACCCUUAAAAAAAACAUAAGGUGAGACAGCAAUGAAACUUGUUUCCAGAGGAUGAUGUAAUGCUGCAAAAAAUCCUAUUCAUUUUCUACUGAGGUAACAUAUUUCAUUUUAAUGGGAUUCUUGUUCUGUGUUUAACGUUACAAAGUUCUUUUUCAGCACUCUGUUGAUUAUAAACUUAUGAACAUGUACAUCUUAUCCCACUAGGGGUCUCUCUUGCUCUUUGUGAAACUCUGUCUUGAUCAGAACAAACUGAAUGCUACCUCAGAUCAUCUACAGGACCUGUGGUUGCUAUGGAAAUAAUUAGCUGUGAGAUCUGCACAUCUUUUCCCCCCACUCUAAUUAGCUUUCUCAAUUGCUUAAUGAUACAUAGACCUGUGAAAGCCUUUCUUUCUUCCCCUCAACAAAAGCAUUGAUUUUUCUUCUCUUCCCCUCUCAUUUCUACUGUUAACCCAUUAGUGCCUCUUUCAUGGGAACUUGAGCUGGGACUGUUACAUGUGAAAGCACUACAGCUGCCUCAGGUUAUAUAUGUAUACUAGUGUGUCGACAUUAAGGCCAAUCUGCUGUGUAGACUGAAGUAACUAAUGCACAUCCUGUCAGUUAUGAUAAUAACGUGGGCAAUCUGACAUGAGUGCUUCUAAUAAUACCGCUACAGGAAGAUGCAUUUACAGGGGUUGCGAUGUAGAGUGACCAUGUGCAUGUCUGAAGGGAGAGCUCGGGGGCAGAUGGCUGUCUCUG